AUGCGAUCGAUAUUUUUGUUUGCGGCCGCUGCCAUCAGAUCUGGAUUCGCUUCUGCGCAAUGUCAGGUCUAUGGUAUUGAUAUCCAGAGUGGUGGCACCUACUUCGAAAACAGCGAGUUGACCACUCCAUUCUCGUUGGUCCAAGAAUUUUCCGGCUGUGACAAUGAUACCGCCAAUAAUAUCCUUGUGGACCCAAACGGCGAUCAAUAUCAAUGCUCAGAUACACCUUUAACCCCCGACUACACGCCAGAAACCGUGACUUGCACCGACUGGCCCCAAGACAAAAUGUACACCGGCGACUGGAGUUUGGUUGUCAUCAGCAACAAUGGCGAUGCAGACCCCAUCGCCUACCAACGAGAUUUUUCGCUCCAAGUCGGCACCCCAACAACAAUGACAUAUACACCCACCGUCACAGCCACCGAUCUCGAGACUUCUAUUUACAGCAUCGUCUCUUCGACCACCAGCACAGUAACCACAACACUAGUCCCCAAGACAACAACCAAACGCGCUUUGAUUGCCUUCGCCAGACCGACCUUGUAUUCGAAACCAUUGAAUGUGCAAAUGGUGACCAAAAACAUGUUUACAGUCACCAAGACGCAAUAUUCGCCGCGGGUCACCCAAACCACUGUUGCCGUAGCUGCUUCAUGCGCACCCGCAACACCAAACUGGCAUCCCGACCCAAUCGCCCGCAUCCAAAUCACCAUUCUCAAGACCAUCUUCCACAAACGCACCAAUUCUGCGAGAUUCAAGCGUGCUGCGGACGAAGAUGUGGCUGCAAAGCAAGACUUUGUGGAGCAGAGAAGAAGAGCAUUGGUGGAUGCACAGGAAUUGCACAAACGAGCUCCAGAUGCUUCAAUGGUCACCGUAACGGCGACCAACACUGCAGACUUUGUGACGAGCACGCAAACGCAAUACACCACCAUCACAAAAACCAUUCCCACAACCAUUCUCUCGACCAUGUAA